GGAGCUCGAAGCUUGAGAAAAAUCGCAGCGUGUGUGAAGCCGUCACAGUCCUUGUCCAGCCGGGACGUUCGCUCCCUGAGCAGUGUCAGGGUGGACUUUCAUUGACCAUCAGAAUCAGUCACACGGCGAGUGUAUCACAUUUCAACCAGUCAGGAUUGAGUUUCCUGGAGCCAUGAGGGCAGGAAUGGACACUUACCAUCAUAUGGCAUCCUGAUGACACAUCUGCCCCCUUUGCUGGGCGCCACCCUGCCUGGCCGCAGUAUUGUCUUUUCUGCGCGCUCCUUCUUCAACAUUGGCAAUACCUUCUCUAAGAGAAGGGAAUACGCUGAGAGACGCGUCAUUGGUUAUUCCAUGCAACAGAUGUAUGACGUGGUUGCCGGUGUGGAGGACUACCGCCUCUUUGUUCCUUGGUGCAAGAAGUCCGACGUCAUCUUCAAGCGGACUGGAUACUGCAAGGCCAAACUCACUGUGGGCUUCCCACCAGUGACUGAAAACUACACCUCGCUUGUCACCACAGUGCGUCCCCAUCUGGUCAAGGCAUCCUGCUCAGACGGCAAACUGUUCAACCACCUGGAAACAAUUUGGCGCUUCAGUCCUGGCUUGCCUGGCUACCCACGGACCUGCACUGUGGACUUUGAUAUCUCCUUUGAGUUCCGCUCCCUCAUCCACUCGCAGCUGGCGCAUGUGUUCUUCGACGAGGUGGUCAAGCAGAUGGUGUCUGCGUUCGAGCGCCGCGCCGCCGCUGUCCAUGGCCCCGAGACGCCGAUUCCGCGCGAGCUCAUGUUCCACGAGGUGCACCACACGUAGUGACGCCACAUCAGAGUGGAAGCAAAAAGAAAAAAAUGAAAGUGCCUUUCUCGCUCCAUUCUUCUUUUUUUUUUUCUUCUUCUUUUGUGUUAAUGUUGCCAUUAGAUUUCAUUUCAAAUUUAUUACUGUAAUAAGCAAGUUUAGCAUUGUAAUUGUGUGUCAACUUGUCUUCCAAUUUGUUUUCCUGUUUAACCUCCUUUAUUCUCUAGCAUCUCGUUACACGUUCCUCCCUCAAGAGGUCAAAGGUUAGCAUCCGGGCAACAAAGCUUUUGCUGGCAACAGAGGAGACAACCCAGGAGGCCGUCCCCAAGCCCCAUUCCCUGUUUGAUUUAAUAACUCUAACGACAGCAAACUUUAUCCUUUUAGGGCCAUUUCAUUUGCUCUUCCUGCGGUGGGGAAAUAUGUUGAUAAUUAUUUAGUGUAAUGAUGUAUGAUGAGAAUCUGUGGGUUAAACUUUUGUUUAGUUUUUAGUUUUCUUUAGGGAGGAAGCACAAUAUGAGUUGAAUUUGAUGGUACUACUUGUUUUUAGGGAAAAUGAAUUAGUUUGAAUGUUUCAUUUUGCAAGUUUACCUCCUCCAUUCAGAAAAUUACUUGAGUUUCCAAGUUUUUGAAAACCCCACCUCCAAAAUUGUCUUUACUCACCAACAUGACAUUUGCCAAUCAGAUGUAGCGCGAUGUCAGUGAAUCGUGUAUCCGUGCUUAGGCAUUUGCAAAUUCAUGGGGUUUGCUUUUUUUUUUUUUUUUUUUUCUCACCAAUCCUCUGUUAUUGGGUGAGAAACUUACCGAACCCAUCCAUUUUCUGAGCCGCUUAUCCUCAUGAGUGUCUUGAGUGCUGGAGCCAUCCUAGCUGUCAUUGGUCAGGAGGCAAGGUCCACAAUGAACUGGUUGCUAGCCAAUCGCAGUGGACAUAGUUUGGCCAUGGUGGCAUUUUGCGCCAAGGAACUAAGUUGAAGUUGGUUGAGGAUCUUUAUUUAGACAAAAGAAGUGCUUUGCUGACUUGUAACAACUCGGUUCUGAGGAAAAUUGUUGAAGUGAAUUCAGGAGGUUGAUGUAGAAGUAGUACUUUGGCAUUACAAUGUCAAUUAUUUUAGGGGUUGGGGUGGGGGGGUGAAAAAAACCCCUAAAAAUGUCAAUAAGUCAUACCAAAAACAGAUAUUAGGUUGGAGUGGUUUGAAAUGGCUGUUUUAUGAUUAUUUGGGCCAUUUCCAGGCACCUGGGGAACCAACUUUUUAAUCCGAUUGCUACCACAUUUGUGAAGCCUUUUCGUUAUUGUGUUUGAACGUAGUGGCAUGACAAAGUUUGAUGAGCUUGAUCCAAUGUUUUUAUGUUGGCAGAAAUGUAAAUGUUUAGUGGCUCCUCUGCAGUUGCUUUAUUCUUUCAAGUAAACUCUGUAUACUUGUAUUGACUUCCCCAUCUGGCACAUCAAUGAACUUUCACCCCGUCCCGCAGGAGAUUAAUGGGCCACAUCAGAUCAAUGGCUCCAUGUUGUGUGUGCUGCAAUUCUUGUUUUGGAUGAACAGGAAAUGUUGGCAGGCUGCUCAACUUUUGAUAUUCUCUCGGUGUAUUCAUUUGUUCACACUGUUAUCUAGAUUAUGACUAAAAUGAUAAAGCUAGCAUCAUGUUGGACACAAGAGCUGUCUUGUUGUACAGUAUACAGUAUUAUAUGUGCAAUAUCAGGAAGCCUUUAUUUUAUUGUAUUUUUUCUAAGUAGCAUAGCAAAUUAAGCCAGUUCGUAUGCCCGCCUUCUUAUUUAUCUUUUUAAAACCUCAUGUAUUUAUUGAAGUGUAAAUAAUGUCACAUCAGGUUUUUAAAGAGAGGAAAAAGUAUUUUUUUUGUUUGAAUAAGGGACUGAUUUAUUGUUUUAAAAAAAUAGACUGCACGAUGUAU